UUUUGCAGAGUCUGGGUUUACGUGGGUGAUGUCAAGUUUGAUCAUUUAACUGCCAUUGGUCGAGAAAAUGGAUGAAAUUUAACUCACACUGGACAAAAUUCGCGCUUCUUGCGGCUGAAUUUUUAGUGUCGGGUUGCGAUUUCGCAGAGUCGGUGUGGUGGUUAUGAUCUCGUCGGAGAUAAGAUAUUGCACUUGGCAAUUAUGAUUCGUCAACUCUCGACAUUAAGUUCGAUGUGUUUGAUUCUUGAUUGCCUCGAUGGUGUUUGAUAAAAGUCGUCAACCAGGGUACUGAACUUGGCGAAGUCUCUACACUGCUUAUACGAUGUUGGUGCUUUAUAUAGAUAAGAAAUAUGUAAGAAGUAGGGGAAAUUGCUGCUGCAGGAUUCUAGAAUUCUUUGGCAAAAAUCGGGUUGCCUGUUAAGUUAAAUCUUUCUCCUUUGUCUGCAUUGCAUGCUUGUAGCUAAAUCCUUCCAUAUAGUUGCUUCGGAGUUUUGAGUGUGUGGAUGUCAGGAUGAUUUGAAUCAACAUCCAAACAUGAUUAUGUAGAUCUUAGAUUUAUGAGGUACAACACGACGGAUCCAGCUUUCUGCGGUGUAAACAAUCUGCCCAGUUGGCUUGACCAAUCACUUCACGUUAAGAAUGCCAUUCUUAUGCUUUUAGUCAUUCUGUAACUGUUGAUAUGCCCUUGCAGGCUGCUAGUGAUCGGAGGAAACAUCAGAUUUGAUUCUAGGGCACUUGCAUGUGGGCCAUUUGCUGAUCAGUUUUGGCUCAUAAAAUGUUCUUCUGAUCAGGUGAAUCUUGACCAGAGUUUGUAAUACUUGUAAUGCUUAUCUUACCUAGGUUUCCUGCGGGUGAUCAUGAAAUGGUCUAUUAUAAUCAGUCAAUCAGACCGCAUUGGUGAUCUAUCCACUUCAUGCAGGAACCUGUGCUUACUGCUUUCACUGGGCCAUGCGAAGUUGCUGAUAGAUUAACUUGUAGGAUUCUGGAGGACUUUUGCCAUGACAUUGAUGUGUGCUGAGAAUUGAGGGCCCCAUCUUUUGACAUAGAUAAUUUGUGGAUACCAUGCCUGUGAGAUGGCCACGACUCCUAAAUCCUACUCAGCUUUCUCAGAUACUAAAGUGCCAGAAAAAUCCAGUUACAGCUCUUGAAAUCUUCAGAGAAGCUAGACAUAAGUACCCGAGCUAUCGUCAUAAUGGUCCAGUAUACUCCACCAUAAUUGGGAUUCUAGCAAACUGUGACCGAAUUAGUGAGAUGGAAGAGGUGAUCAAUGAGAUGAAAGAGGAUUCAUGCGAGUGUGCAGAUUCCACUUUUGCAGCUGCAAUUAACACCUAUGCGAAACAUGGACUGCUUGACAAAGCUGUUGGUCUUUUCAAAAAUCUUCCACUGUUUAAUUGUGUGAACUGGACGGAAUCUUUCAAUGCCCUUCUACAGAUUUUGGUAAAAGAAUCCAGGCUUGAAGAUGCCUAUCAUCUGUUUGUACAGAACUCUCAUGGAUGGGCAGUGAAGUCCCGUCUUCGUUCCUUGAAUUUGCUCAUGGAUGCUCUAUGCCAGAGAAGGCGUUCUGAUCUUGCGCUUCGUAUUUUCCAGGAGAUGGAUUACCAAAAUUGUUAUCCUAACAGAGAGAGUUAUGGUAUUCUCAUGAGAGGACUGUGCGGAGAUGGGAGAUUGAAUGAAGCCACCCAUUUGCUGUACUCAAUGUUCUGGAGGAUAUCCCAAAAGGGAAGUGGUGAGGAUAUUGCUGUCUAUAGAACCCUCUUGUCUGCAUUAUGCGAUAAUGGCCAAGUUCAAGAAGCGGUAGAAAUUGUCAGAAAAAUCUCAAAGAAAGGACUCAAAGGACCUAGGCAGCAUCUUCAGUCUCUUGAUCUUACAAGAUGUAACAAAGCUGAAGAAUUAGAGGUCAUGAAGCAUUCCAUCAACGAUUCUUUGAUCAAGGGCGGGGUCCCCAGUUCUGCUAGUUAUAGUGCCAUGGCUGUUGACCUGUAUAAUGAAGGAAAGAUUAAAGAAGCCGAAAAGGUGCUUUCUGAGAUGCGCAGAAAAGGCUUUAGGCCACCGAAUUCUAUUUACGAAGCAAAAUUGGCUGCUCUUUGCAGGAAUGGUGAAGUGGAAGGAGCAGCGAAGGUCAUUGAUGUGGAGAUGGUGAAGGACAACUCUGUUCCAAAACGAAGAGCAUAUAAUAUCUUGCUUGAAGGACUGUGUAAUCAGGGGAAUUCGGUUGUGGCCGUUGAAUAUCUAGAAAAGAUGCGUAAAAAGUUAAGUUGCACCCCUGACAAGAAAGCUUAUGAAAUUCUGUUGGAUGGGCUCUGUCGCGAAGGUCGAUUUGGGACAGCGAGCAAAAUCUUGGAGCAGAUGAUUAUCAACUCGCAUCUUCCUCAUGUUGGAUUUUUCAGUACAAUUAUACAAGGCCUUUGUACUAUUGGCAGGCAAUAUCAAGCUGUCAUGUGGUUGGAGGAGAUGGUCAGCCGGGGCGAUAUGCCGGAAGUCCCUGUUUGGAACUCCUUAGUUUCAUCUGUUUGCUGCAAAGUGAAUGGCUUUGGGGAUUUGUAGCGACUUCUGAGACGUGUUCUGGAUUCUGUAAGCUUCCGUUGCCCAUGGAAGAGCACGCCAUUGAUCGUUUCUGAUAUGUUCGAGGCUUCGAGCUGCUUCUUCACAUCAUAACACCAAAUUUUGCAAAUCGUUUAUUUUUUAAAGGAAGUUGCAUGCUUACAUUUCUCCAUAGUUGUAACGUGUAGAGUACAAAUUGAUAGGGAUGAACUGACUGUAAUCGUAUCUAAUAACUAAAAUCAGUUGCCUCGAUUCUUUA